AUGAAUGUUUUAAUUGCAUUCAUCCAUUCAGCCUUGCUCUUAUUUACUGUCUCCUGUGUCUAUGCAAAUCAGGGUCUUGAAAUAGACGACAGUUGUUUAUCAGUUGAAGAAAGAGUAAAGUGGACACGAAGCCUGCAUUUCAAUAACCAGUCGUUCUCACUAAAUAUCGAUGUGAACGACAGGCCUUCGCACUGGAUUAUUAACUAUAUAUUUGAGAUACUUCUUCGGGAGCGUCUCGGAUAUAGGGAUAUAAAUUUCAUUUACACUCCAUGGGAUUCUUCUUCAACCGUCAUUAGUCGACUCAAUUGUGAAAUAUCAAGAAACUGUUCUCGUCCACCUCCCGUUCAUGUGAACCUUGAGGUGUGGCUUCGCACCGGUGAGGAAAUUAAUAAGCAUGCACCGCCCCAUCGUGUCCGGAUAAAUGGACCUCUUGGACCUAUAACCCGAUGGGGUCUGUAUGGCAGUCAUGAUGCAUUAGAUCUGUUGAAUACGGCCCGUACAGACCCCAAAUCACAUCGAUUGCAUCAAAACCAGUCAAUUGACACUGGGGUUCUCUUUUACGAUCACCCAACAAUGUUUGAGGCUUACAAAAAUCUAUCAGAAGACAGCGUCUACCUGGGCCUGCGUCCCGAGAGGCAGUUCACUCAAUCCUUGUGGAAUAUUACCGCUCGAGGCUCUGGACUAGAUCGUGUUGCUCUUCUCCUCAGCUGGUAUCCCAGCACUCUAACCCUCAACCCGAGGUUGGUGCGGUUAGGUCUUCCCGACUGUGCCGCUCUCCGGGCGCGAACCUCUAUCAACUCUGCUGUUGACUCAAGUUGUGCUUUUGAGGUCAACCGACUUGUUAAGGCCUCCUGGGCGGGCCUGGCUGAGGCUGCUCCUCUAGUUUCCCAACUGAUCGAUCGAUUUCAAAUUAGACAGACGGAGUAUAUUGAGUUGCUGCGCGUUGUAGAUCCCAGUCUACUGAACUACACUGAUGCAGAACAGAAGAAUCAAGAGGUGAAGUUUCGAUCUCGGUACCGAGAAAUUGCCUGUCGCUGGUUAAGGAUGCAUCGCUCCACAUGGAAACAUUGGACCGAGGGCUGGAACGUCAAAAAGGAAAUAAUUAUCGGGGGAAUGUUCACAUUCACAGGCACGGAGGAAUUUAACGACUUAGCCCCCAACGCCUUUCACGCUGUGGACGUGCUGAACGGGGAUGAGAAGUACUUUGGUAACUCCGAGUUUGCAAUUCGUCUACAAGUCCGCAAUUUGACCUGUUCUCAGAACGUAGUACUGAACGACUUCUUCAACUUCCUCACCGUCAAUCCCAAUAACGAGAGCGUCUUGGGCGUGAUUCUGGCCCUUUGUCCUGACGCAAUCGAGGCAACCGUCAGACUUGCCAACCUGCGCCGGGUGCUUGUCAUUUCGCCAACCGUUGAGUCUGCCUCCUUUCUGUGGCGCAAACAUUACAAGUUCUUUUUUCGCACCAUCCCUUCCGCCUAUACUGCCAGCUUCAUCUUCAUCCGACUGUUCCAGCAGUGGCGAUGGAAGCGGGUUGCGAUGUUCCGAAAAGACGACCACUACUUCUACCGUGAUGCUUUCAUAGCAAACAAUAUCAGUUUGGUGGACGACUUUGAGGUGAAGGAGUCCAUGCUCACUUACUCUGUGGCCCUAAAGAAUGUCAGGUCAGUGAAGCAACGGAAUGGUCGAAUCAUCAUCGUGGACCACUCAGCCGCCGCCACUGCAAUUAUCCUCUGUGCCGCUUUCCAUCUAAACAUGCGUGCUGAGAAGGGCUACGUGUGGUUCCUCAGUCCGUGGCUUUCGAAGAACUUUUGGGAAUCGCCGGAAGUUGUGCCUCGUGAAUGCAGUGCAGGGGACCUCAAGAUCAUGCACGAUUACUCAUUCAGUGUCUCACAUCCCCUGCACACGGGCGCAGUUACUCACUCCAACCUCAUGACCCCCAUGAGCGGGUUCAAUAGGUCCUCGGAUGCCUCUAACGGUGGUAGGUUUUUUUCGUCAAGAAAAUUAAGGCUGUCAAAGUCUGAAAUGCGAAUUCGCUCACAUCAACGUCAACUCUACGAGCAGUGCACUUUCGAAUCUGUUAUAGUCCUCGGAAGUGCUAUAGCCCGGCUUCUACGCGAAAAUCCCUCUUCACUAUCCGUUUUGAAUAGCCCGAAGAUGGCAGAGCGCCUUCGGACCUUUGUGUCAAAAACUCACAUGGAGUACUCCAACAGAGGAUAUCUGGACAAAAACGCGGUCUCUUUCUUCAGUAACAAUGUCGAGCGCUUAGGUGAGACCCUUGUCUAUCGAUUAGGCGUCACUCCCCCUUCUCCCCCUAUCCCACCUCAGACACCGCUUCCUUCCUACGAUGAGGAUCCUCCCGCUAGCACUGUCCACCAGCUAAGCUUCGAUUCACACAACGAUCGACUUUUGGAAGCUUGGCUGCUGAAGCAGAUUCAGGACAAGACCACCGUUCCGAUCACUCUGUGGUCUUUUACCGGACCUCAUGAAGGCGAAACAGAAUAUGAGUCUACACCAGGAUCUGAUGAUAUCCAUCGAAUGCAUGCAAGUGGUGGGGUAGCCCGAUCCAAAGCCGAUGCUGCCAGCGAUUGGGGUGACGACAAUGGUGAGGGAGAAGACAACGGAGGGGAAGUUAACCGAAAUGACGCUAUUGCUUUCAAGACAUUCGUGGAUAAUCUUAUUGAGAAGCCUUACGAUAAACCACGUUGGGGCGGUGGAGGCUCUACGCCACCCACUGACGGCUCCAUCACCGAUGCCGACUGUACAUUUGCCUUUAUCUCCCGCUGGUUUGGAGUGAGCUGUGUUGUAGGCAACUGGAUCUUUGCAAUGGGUGUCCUUCUUAUAGUUGUCGUUCCCGUGGUUGCCAUUGUGCUGGCCUACUUCCGACGACGCCUCCAGGAGGCUGAAAAGUUGACAAGGCGACCAUAUGAGGAGUUGUGUGCACUACUGGCUGACGUCAAUGUAAGUUAUGGUUCUUUCUGCAUGUCACCAGCUUUUGCAUCAGGCGGCAAAUCUCUAUUUUUUGUUUUGACGUCCGUGAGCGUUAUGCGAUUGUCGGAACCAUGGCGUCUUAUUGUGAGCUGUUGUCAAUACUAUUGGCAACAUCGUCCCGAGUCAAUGCUCCAGGUUAUUGAAGAAAUACGGGCUAAUGGGAAUUGCAUUCGUCCCUAUCUCACCGAUGAACCUCCUACCCUUGAGACCACAGCGAUCCCCUUCCUUCCCGGUCCUGCGGCUUGCAUUAUGCCAGAGCCACCAUCCGUGCCCCAACCCGCCUUUUCAGCUCCUAUGGGGGCUCGUGCUUGGGUGGGUGGUGCCCCCUUCAUGAAUCCUUCGGCACCAUUCACCGACCCCCCUUCGAUGGGCGAUGGUCAGCGCCACACGGCGGCAAACGGUAGCGGAGGAGGGGGCGGAGGCGCCUGUGUUGUCGAAGGUCACAAAGUUUCUCCUUCCGCCAACUCCUCCGCUUCCCUAACGUCAAAUUCCUCGAAGCCAUGUAACUUUCCACCUCCGAUUACGGUUGGUCAGUCUCCACCUAGGAGGGUGCAACCACCGAUGUCGGUUUAUGCACCCCCAGGGCCCCCGAGCUACCAACCUUUGGAUGAAUUUCGCCCCUUAUUGAAUCCCACCAAUCGGUCAUUAUCACUGGAGUUUCUCCAAAAAUCCGCCUUCCAUGUGCAUUCUCGCCCACCCAGCUUCCUGAAAGGAAAUGCCGAUGAGAACACUAGUGACGGUGAUGAGGACACCGAGGCUGGCGAUGUUCUUUCUCCAGGACGCGGAACCUCUCAUCAAUGUACCUCAUGUCCCCAAAAAACUUCCCUGGUGACCCGCAACAUCCCUCCUCCCACCCCUGACGCUGUUGUUGGGCCUGCUGGGCGGAGACACCACGGCAACUUUUUUGCGCGAACCUUCGCGGCAGCCCUCGAUUCUUGCAGUAAACCCCAUCCCAGGCGGUCAGCGGGGCUACCGUCUUUCCUCCGCGGUGAUCAGGCAUCGUCUAUGAGACUGCGGCUUCUUCCCUCUCUUCGCCACCACCAACCUCCACCUUCGCGCAAUGAACUUGCAUCUAAAUCUCUCCCCCAGGUUUGCAUUCUUUUCACUUUAGAAGUAAUCUCACAUUGUGUGAUUAAAAUUUGGACGUUGCUAAGGAGAACGUUAUUUGCCUCCUAG